AUGGCCGUCACACCGCGUCGUUCGACGCGUGGGCAGGUAUUCACGCCCGUCUCUACGCCGUCGGUGUCCGUUGUCGGCGGCGGCGGCGGGCCCAACGUCAACAUCCGCUACAGCUGGACGUCGUCGGCCAAGAACAUUGCGUCGUCGAGCAACGACAAGCGCGUCUACUACAACUCGUUUGCACGGAUCAAGAGCGCCAACGCGCCUGGCACCCCGUUCAGUCUCAGCGGGUCGGUGACGCCGUUGGGGGCUCUGACGCCCAAGAAGAAGAAGGUCAAGCCCGACGAAGAGGCGCGCUUCGCCCUCGGAGACGGUGUGGUGGUCACUGUCGAAGGCGGGAGUGAUGGCAUCGGCAUGCUCACUGCGCUGUGGGACGAGCCCGUGGAGAGGGACGAGGACGCGAGCGAGAGCGGGGGUGAGAGUGGACACGGGGACGACGAGGUGCCUGCCAUGCGCAAGAUGGCACAGGUGCACUGGUUUCUACGUCGACAGGACUUGCCUGGCGUCAUGCGCAACCUCAAGCUCGAGGACAACGAGGUGCUCCUCGCCGCCUCCCCCAACAGGCCCGUCACGACCGACCUGCCCCUGGAGCUACUUGUCAAGACGAUUCCGAUCUACUCCAAGGCCGUGUUCCGCGAGCAGUUCCCGGAGGAAGAACGCAAGACGAAAUGGAAGGGCUGGGCUGUGCCCCUCGACAAUGUCUUUUGGUGCUCGCGCGCAUACGACAAGGGAGCCCGGGGUGGACGCGUGUGGAAGAUUGACGUUGACGCGUGGAAGGGCCGUGGACGCGCCGGCGAAGGCUGGAUCGUGCCCACCGAGCCCGACAUGGACGACAGCGAGGCGCCCGACAGCGACGACGAGGGUAGCGGUAGCGAGGCCGAAGUGAGCGAGGGGGAGGACGAGGACGCCAGCAGUGGCGAGGACGAGGGCGAGGACGAGGACAAGGAGGAGGAGGAGCAAGUCGAAGCCACACCCAGGAAGCGCGGACGGCCCAAGGGAUCCAAGAACAAACCCAAGGUCCCAGGCCAACAGCCUCCUCCCCGUAAACGCCAAAAGAAGGGCAAGGCAGACAAGGCGGACGCGACUCACCGCCGCCGCCGCCAACCGCACGUCAAGGCCUCGGCUUCCCACCUGCCCGGUAUCGUGAAGAUUGAGGACCUGCCCGCCGACCCAUACGAGCGCGCCCUGCGACUCUUGCACGUCGGCGCCACGCCCGAGAGUCUGCCGUGUCGCGAGGAAGAGUUUGUCGACGUCCUCGCCCGCGUCGAGGAGGGUGUCGAAAGUGGCGGUGGAGGUUGCCUGUAUAUUGCAGGUGUCCCCGGUACAGGCAAGACGGCAACUGUCCACGCCGUGGUCAAGGAGCUCAAGCGCAAGGCUGAGGACGGCGAGAUUGCCCCCUUUUCCUAUGUCGAGAUCAACGGCCUCAAGAUUCCUUCUCCACAGCAUGCGUACUCGGUGCUUUGGGAGACCAUCUCGGGCCAAAGCGGUACGAGCGCCAAGACGGCGCUGCGCGGUCUCGAGGCGCAUUUUGGCCGCAAGACGACAGCGGGCGGCGUGCAUGGUGUUCGCGGACCGAGAGGACAUACUUUCGUCGUUCUCAUGGACGAACUCGACCAGCUCCUCACGGCCAAGCAGGACGUGGUGUACAACUUUUUCAACUGGCCGACCAUGCGUGACUCGCAGCUCUUUGUCAUUGCUAUUGCCAACCGCAUGGACCUGCCACAGCACCUCGCUGCCAAGAUCAAGUCUCGUCUUGGCCUCCAGACACUCCUCUUCCAGCCGUAUGACCGCGCCAACCUUAUCGAGAUUGUGCAGUCGCGCCUCGUGGCCCACCCGCUGUCGACGGCAGACCACAAGGUCCUGCUUCCCGACGCCAUCGCGCUCGCCGCGACAAAAAUGGCCGGAACGAACGGCGACGCGCGCCGCGUGCUCGACGCGUGCCGCCGCGCCGUCGAAGUGGGCCUCACACACACCCCGCCGCGGGCCGUGACGGCGCGCGACAUGGUCGCGGUGCUCAACGCCAUGUCGUCGUCCCCCGUCGCCAUGUUCAUCCGCCAGUGCUCGCCACAGCAAAAGAUGCUGCUUGCCGCGCUCGUCCGUUGUGUCCGGCGCGAGGGUCUGCCCGAGAUUGCGUGGCGCGCGGUCCGCGCCGACCACGAUGCGCUCACGCGCAGCCUGCUCGAGAGCAACGACCUGCUCAGUGACGCAGAGCUCAACCUCGUCCGGUCGAGCCUGCUCGCGACGCACGCGCUGACGGCUGCUCCGGACGUGUACAAGGCGCCAGACGAGAGGCGGUUGGCGCUCGGCAUGGAGAUUGGAGAGGUGGGGCGCGUCCUCAUGAACGAAGGCGAGGAGUGGUGCCGUGCACUGGCCGGCACGUAG